ACAACAUUCCGUCUGAGAGAAGGGUAGGCUACUUUAUGGGUUUUCUGAUUGACUCAUUUUGUAGCCUUCAGAUGAUUCAGAGCUUAUCAAUGAGCAAGUCAAAUACAUAUUUUAGUAGGCCUCCGUCCGCUUCGACCUCACCGAAUUUGACAAGUUCUGUACACCGCGUCUCCAAGACAGCUCGGUUCAACCUCAAUGCGCGGGUACGCGACACAGGGGAGGUGUUCAUCGUGCAAAACUGCCACCAUAACAUGACGAUCAGAGAACUAAAGAGCGCAUUGGAGCUGGCGGUCGGAAUUCCUUCGGACUUCCAGAGACUAUGCUACCUGGACCAGGGUGACCUGAUGGAGGAAAGCACCUUGCACUACAACGACAUUGUCCCAGGCACAGUGCUGACGGUGGGGGUGUGGCCCUACAACGGCUGGCCGGAGCUGGUGACUGCUGCUGCUUCCGGAAACACCUACAUGUUGAAGCAGGUCAUGUCCAAACCAGCUCCCCAGUGCUCCUAUGCAUCCUCCUGGCUGCCUCACCGCCUCUUCUCUGCCCUGUUCAUCACUGCUCAACGAGGUCACGCCUCCGCCACCCGCUUCCUCCUACAGCAGGGUGCUGACGUCGGGGCUCAGACCCCUCGUGGUCGAGGGGCACUGCACGCCGCCGCCGCUCAGGGGCAUGUCCAGUUGAUCCAGGACCUUCUGCUGGGCGGGGCACCUCCUAACAUGGAGGACUGCGAGGGCAUGACCGCCCUGAGCCUGGCAGAGGGCUGGGGCCAGAAGAAGAGCGCCCGCCAGAUCUUCCUGUUCAACUGGCAGCAGCGCGCCGCUGCGGUACGGAUCAAAUCCCACCUGGGCGAGGAGGAGCUGUUCGACCACCAACGCUACAACUCACACCUGAAGACCUGGCGAUGUGGCAGCUACGCCCAGAGAUACAUGGCACACCUUGGGGCAGGGGGUGCUGUAGCACCCUCAGCACACCUAGUUCCAGAGGCCAUGAUCUGGUCUGACUUUGUCAUCUUGUGA